AUGGGCGACUUACCAACAAAUGAUUUUCAUUUUGGCGAAGAAGAUGAAUAUCAUGCUCAUGAGGAUGGUGGUAUCAAUUAUAAUUGUGUCAAUGAUAUUGAUGGUCCCAAAGAAGGUGACGAUGUUGUUGAUAACACAGGGAUUGGUCCAUCAAGAUUCAAAGUCAAAGAUCAAUUUACUUCCAAACAAGUUUUAAUCGACACCAUAUCUGAGGAUGCAUUAGAAAAUGGUUAUCAAUUCAAAGUAUCAAGUUCUAAUAAAAAGAGAUGGGAUAUAAAGUGUUUGCAUGAAGAGUGCAAAUGGAAAGCAGGAGGGGCGAAGUUAAGUAACAGUGAAAAUUUUAUGUUACACAAGUUUGAAACACACACUUAUCCUCGUGAUAUCAUGAGACCUCAUCAUAGACAAGCGGGUAAAAAGACACUGGGGAAAAUAUUACAGUCAUUGUUUACUACAGGUGAUCGUGUAUAUAGGCCAAAAGAUAUUAUCACAGAUAUAGUAAAUAGAUAUCGAAUUGAUAUCUCUUAUGCGCAAGCUUGGCGUGCUAAGAAUUGGGCUUUGAAUGAGAUAAGAGGUUCGCCAGAGGAGUCAUUCAGACUAUUAUCGACAUUCUGUCAUAACCUUGAACAACAAAACCCUGGCAGCAUUACACAAAUAGACACGGAUGGGGAUCAUCGAUUUUAUUUUGUCUUUAUGGCUUUCGGAUGUUCAAUUAAGGCAUUUCAUGAUUAUUGUCAUCCGGUUAUCUGUAUUGAUGGAGCAUUCUUGAAAGGCCGAUAUUGGGGUACACUUUUUAUUGCAGUAGGUAAGGAUGGAAAUAAUCAAAUUUUUCCAUUAGCGUUUGACAUAGGAGGAAAAAAGGAAAUGAUAACUUGGAGCCCGUUCCUUCGAGCUUUAUAUAGGUGUAUUGGAGAUAUCCCUAAUUUAGCAAUUAUCUCAGAUAGACACAAUGCUAUCAUUUAUUGUGUGAGAGAAGUAUUUUCGAAUACACAUCAUGGUUGGUGCAACCAUCAUAUCAAGGGAAAUAUGCAAAGUCAGUAUAAACAAACAAAACAUAUUGAAGGAUUAUUUUGGAGAGCUAUGAACACAUAUCGAAUAGAAGACUUUCAGGAGGCUUUACGAAUGAUCAGAGCUGAAAAUCCAAUCACAGUAGCUCAUUUGGAGGACACGACAAGCGCGAAAGUUGCCAGUGAUGAUGCUCCUAGAAUUUUUACGCUCAACUUUACAGAAAUGGUUUUAUACUCGCCGCAAUAUGGCAGGUGCUUAUACUCAUUCCCUAACUCCAUGGGCUGA